UAAUCACCAUCAACCUUCCACACAAAAUCACAUUUCUUACAACAAUCAAACAAUAUUGGCUAUGUCUCAAAUCAACAACAACAACAAUGGCGAAACGAAGAAAUCGUUGCCACCUCAGCGCAUUCCGACUCCUGGGAAGGCAACUAUCCUCGCUAUCGGAAAGGCCUUCCCGAGUCAACUCGUCCCUCAGGACUGCUUGGUCGAAGGCUUCAUCCGUGACACUAAAUGCCAUGAUUUGGUCAUUAAGGAAAAACUCGAACGCCUAUGCAAAACAACAACUGUGAAAACAAGAUACACAGUAAUGUCAAGAGAGAUACUCGAACAAUACCCCGAGCUCGCCACCGAGGGUACUCCGACGAUCAAGCAGAGGCUCGACAUCGCGAAUCCAGCUGUCCUUAAAAUGGCGACGGAGGCCAGCUUGACCUGCCUGAAGGAGUGGGGCCGCCCGGCGUCGGACAUCACUCACUUGGUCUACGUUUCCUCCAGCGAGAUCCGCCUCCCGGGCGGCGACCUCCUCCUCGCCUCCGAGCUCGGCCUGCGGAGCGACGUCGGCCGCGUCAUGCUCUACUUCCUCGGCUGCUACGGCGGCGUCACCGGCCUCCGCGUAGCCAAGGACAUCGCGGAGAACAACCCGGGAAGCCGCGUCCUCCUCGCGACCUCCGAGACCACGAUCCUAGGGUUCCGCCCCCCGAACAAGUCCCGCCCCUACGACCUCGUGGGGGCGGCCCUGUUCGGGGACGGCGCGGCCGCCGUUGUCAUCGGGGCGGAACCCGUCCCCGGCUUGGAAUCACCGUUCCUGGAGCUGAACUUCGCGGUGCAGCAGUUCCUGCCGGGGACGAGCGAGGUGAUCGACGGGCGGCUGUCGGAGGAGGGGAUAUACUUCAAGCUCGGCCGGGAUCUGCCGCAGAAGAUCGAGGACAACAUCAAAGAAUUCUGCGAUAAGUUGAUGGCGAAAGCCGGCGUGGAGGACUACAACGAGCUGUUCUGGGCGGUUCACCCGGGCGGACCGGCGAUACUGAACCGGCUGGAGGGGAAACUAGGGUUGGGGAAGGAGAAGCUGGAUUGUUCUAGAAGGGCGUUGAUGGAUUAUGGGAACGUUAGCAGUAACACUGUGCUGUAUGUGAUGGAGUAUAUGAGGGAGGAGAUGAAGAAGAAGAAGGCGGCGGCGGCGGCGGCGGAAGACGGCGGCGGCGGUGAAGAGUGGGGGCUGGCUUUGGCUUUUGGCCCCGGAAUCACAUUUGAAGGGAUUCUUCUUCGAAGCCUCUGAAUAUUUUUUUUAUUUAUAUUAUUAUUAUAUUGAAAGAAAAAUGGAAGAGUUGUUUAAUUUAUUUAUAUUAUGCAUGAAAAAAAAGGGCUCCGAAUUAAUGUGUUUUUCCUUCUU